AAUGCAUCUGCUGUAUAAGUGAGAGAGCUGCCGAUGAGGAAAGUUACCAGCGGUUAGGCGAGUCAUGCAGCGGCAAAUGCAUGACAGGACGAGGCCACCUCGCUAAGCUCAGACCCAGCGAGCUGGCGACGUCGCAGACCCUAGGACGACUCCCCCGCAGCUCUGGGGUACCCCAUAUGCCAAGCCGAUGCCAAGUGCGAUGGCAGCGAUCGAGGUAUAAACCCUGCCUCGCUCUGGCUGUGUGUUCUGAAUCAUAGCCUCCAGCAUCUAUCCACCUCACUAUGACCAUCCUCACCACCCUGGCUGCCCUCCCCCGGGAGAUCGGCUCCACAUUGCGGAUGAAGCCCAUCCAGGCGUUGAUUUGGCUGGCCUGCUGGUCCUGCUGGACGCUGGGCUCCUUGCAAUACUAUGCGCUGCCGUUCACCCUCAGCGAUGUGGCCGAAUACCUGGACGUUGCGCAGUCGAAUGUCUCGGAGGCCAACACGACCACGAUGAUCUCUCGGGCCGUCGGAGCCGUCAUCUUUGGCAUCCUGUCCGACCAGUACGGGCGGAAGAUUCCCUUGCUGAUUGAUCUGGUUCUCAUGGGCGGAUUCACCGUGGCGACGGGGUUCUCUCAGACCUUUCCCCAGCUGAUCGGGUUCCGCUUUUUGUUUGGCGUGGCCUACGGUGGCACAUAUGGUCUGGUCAUGGCGACAGUGCUGGAAGCCGUCCCUGAGAAGGCUCGUGGCGUUGUGGCAGGAUUCACGCAGCAAGGCUUCUCAGCGGGAUACCUUUUUGCCUCGGGGCUCCAUCUGGCUAUGAAUCCCUACGGCUGGCGCUCCCUCUUCUGGCUCUGUGCGGGUCUUACCCUACCCGUGGGUAUCCUGCAUGCCGUGACUCCCUACUACAGCGUCGCCUCCGCCGUCCAAGACGAAGAAAAUGGUACCGGAGCGCAAGGCCCCCGAGCGGCAGUGGGCGGAAACCUCCCCUUUCUCAAGAAAGUGACCUACGUGCUCCGCUACCACUACAAAGCCUUCAUCUACGCCUGCUGCCUGACCAGUUGCCUCGCCACCAUGGGCCACGGCACCAUGGAUCUAUACCCCACCUUCCUCGUCACCCAACGCAAGCUGAAUAUCCUCGAGGAAACCUGGGUGACCUGUAUCCUCCAGAUCGGCGGCAUCCUGGGCGGUGUCGUCGGCGGAUUCCUCUCACACAAGUUGAGUGCGAAAUGGGUCGCUGCGGGUGCCGGCCUCCUGGUCGCGCCCUGGCUCCCACUCUGGGUUCUCCCGACGAGCUGGAACCUCCUUGCCCUGGGGGCCUUCUUCCUGCAGUUCUUCUACGGCGCUGCGAUCGGCAACCUAGGGAAUCUACUGCAGCAACUCUGCCCGCAUCCCGGCAUCCGCGCCGCCUUUACGGGGGUGGCGUAUAACAUUGGAAAUGCAGUUUCGUCGGUCGCGCCCACGAUCGAGACGGCCUUGGGCGAGAGGUUCCCGACGAAGGAUGGAUCACCCGACUAUGCACGCACCCAGAUGAUUCUAGUGGGAAUUGUGAUCUUCCUCCUGGUGCUUACUUUAACUCUGAUGCCGCUGAAUCGGUUGAAUAAGAGCUGGGAUCGCGAGGAUCCGAAUACCCAGAUCCCGACGACGCAUCCGGAGAUGGAGGUACUGGAUAAGCCGGAUGUCAAGGGGCAGGACGGAGAACGGGGUGGGUCAACUCAUGUGGAGGACGUGAAGACUUGAUCAUUCUGGGAUCCCAUGAUGCAUGAUCGGGUACUGUUCCAUAAAUCUCUGUCAAUGGGAUGUGUGGUCUCUUGUUAGGGUAUGCUAUGGUGUUAGGCGUUGUCUUCGACGAU